UAAGAAAUACUAAAUAAAAAGAAAAAGAGUUGUAUCAUAUUUAGAAUUCAAUAAGAAAAGAAUUGUAUUACUUUUAGAAUUCUUGAACCUGAUUUUUUGAAUUAUAAUUAUAUUUUUUUCCGAAAUUUAAGAAAAAUUAGAAGACUGAAUCGAGCAAUUCUAGAGACGCCCGCAUCCUCCUUUAUAUAUAUAUAUAUUGAUUGAUAUAUUGAUGAUUGAUGAUUGAUGAUUUGUUUUAGUAUUUCCAUUUCUUUUCCAAAUAGAAUCACUUGUAAAUUUUAAUUUACUUAUCUGAGUCAAAAAGUAUUCUCUGUUUAAACUUAUCUAAACCGUCCUGAAAUCCUAAUUUAAAUCUGAUAUGAAAAGUAGGGCUCAAGUAAUCAGUUCCUCACUUCCUCCGAAUCUCGCUAUAUAACUACGUGCUCCCCCAAACAUCGCUCUCGAUUCUACAUGUACGCAUCUCGUUAAAACUUAACUCCUAAUUCUCCUUAUAAUCGCAAGAUCAGUUAUUCUAGGGUUUCAGAUUCGUUCACAACACGGGACAUGGAAGCUGCUCUAGACGACAAGGCGAGAAAGUGGAACAGCUUGAACUCCAAGCGAUACGGAGACGAGCGCAAGUUCGGCUUCGUCGCGCCGCCCAAGGAGGCCUUGCCGCCGGAGCACGUGCGAAAGAUCGUUCGCGAUCACGGCGACAUGUCGUCCAAGAAGUAUCGCCGUGACAAGCGCGUGUUCCUCGGCGCCCUAAAAUUCGUUCCCCACGCGGUUUACAAGCUUCUGGAGAACAUGCCGAUGCCGUGGGAGCAGGCGCGUGAGGUCAAGGUGUUGUAUCACGUGAGCGGAGCGAUCACGAUUGUGGAUGAGAUACCGUGGGUGGUGGAGCCGGUGUUUGUGGCUCAGUGGAGCACAAUGUGGGUGAUGAUGAGGCGGGAGAAGCGGGAUCGUAGGCAUUUUAAGAGGAUGCGAUUUCCGCCGUUUGAUGAUGAGGAGGCUGUGCUUGAGUAUGGGGAGAAUGUGGUUGAUGUGGAGCCUCUGGAGGCGGUUCAGAUGGAGUUGGAUGCGGAGGAGGAUGAGGCGGUGUAUUCGUGGUUUUAUAAUAAUAAACCGAAUUUUGUUAGUGGCCGUAAGUGGCAGUUUUCGGUGCCUAUUAUGGCUACAUUGCAUAGGCUUUCGGGGCAGUUGUUGUCGGAUUUGAGUGAUCGGAAUUACUUGUACUUGUUUGAUAAGGAGGCGUUUUUGACUGCGAAGGCUCUGAAUGUGUGCAUUCCGGGAGGGCCUAAGUUUGAGCCGUUGUACAGGGAUGUGGAGAAAGGGGAUGAUGAUUGGAAUGAAUUCAAUUGCGUUAAUAAGCUGAUUAUUAGAUCACCGCUUAGGACGGAGUAUAGAAUUGCUUUCCCUCAUUUAUACAACAAUAGGCCGAGGAAGGUCAGGCUUUGUGUUUACCAUACCCCUAUGGUGAUGUACAUUAAGACGGAGGAUCCAGAGAGGCCUCCGUUUUGUUUUGAUGUUCUACUUCACCCCAUACCGUCUGCAAAGAAGGAUUGUCAAGUUUCUGAAGAGGACGGUGAUGAUGAUUUUUGUUUGCCAGAGGGAGUUGAGCCAUUGCUGAGAAGCAAGCCAAUUUAUACUGAUACCACUGCUGCUGGUAUCUCACUGUUGUUUGCCCCGCGGCCUUUUAACAUGAGGUCUGGUAGGAUGCGACGAGCUGAAGAUAUACCCCUGGUGUCAGAGUGGUUCAAGGAGCAUUGCCCUCAGAGUUACCCUGUUAAAGUUCGCGUUAGCUAUCAGAAGUUGUUGAAAAGUUUUGUUUUAAACGAGCUACAUCAUCGACCACCUAAAGCUCAGAAGAGGAAACACUUGUUGAAGUCACUCAGAGGGACAAAGUUUUUUCAUACCACACAGCUUGAUUGGGUUGAAGCCGGGCUUCAAGUUUGUAAGCAAGGGUACAACAUGCUCAAUCUGUUGAUACAUAGGAAGAAUCUGAACUAUCUGCACCUUGAUUAUAACUUCAAUCUGAAGCCUGUGAAGACCCUCACGACGAAAGAAAGGAAAAAGUCCCGGUUUGGUAAUGCUUUUCAUUUGUGCCGGGAGAUCCUGCGAUUGACAAAGCUAGUUGUUGAUGCCAAUGUACAGUAUCGCCUGGGGAAUGUUGAUGCGUUUCAACUGGCAGAUGGCCUGCAGUAUAUAUUCUCACAUGUUGGCCAGUUGACAGGUAUGUAUCGUUACAAGUAUAGACUGAUGAGACAAAUUAGAAUGUGCAAAGAUCUGAAACACUUGAUCUAUUACAGAUUUAAUACAGGGCCAGUUGGGAAGGGACCUGGAUGUGGUUUUUGGGCUCCUAUGUGGAGGGUGUGGUUGUUCUUCCUUCGUGGAAUAGUUCCUCUUUUGGAACGAUGGCUGGGAAAUUUACUUGCUCGUCAGUUUGCGGGGCGUCAGCCAAAAGGUGUGGCAAAGACAGUUACUAAGCAGAGAGUUGAAAGCCAUUUUGACCUGGAGCUUCGUGCUGCUGUCAUGCAUGAUAUUCUUGAUUCUAUGCCAGAGGGAAUUAGCCAAAAUAAAGCCCGGACCAUUCUGCAGCAUUUAGGUGAAGCCUGGCGUUGCUGGAAGGCAAAUAUUCCUUGGAAGGUACCUGGACUGCCAGUUCCUAUUGAGAACAUGAUUCUUCGGUAUGUCAAAUCUAAAGCUGAUUGGUGGACUAAUGUUGCUCAUUAUAACCGUGAACGUAUAAGACGAGGGGCUACUGUCGACAAGACAGUUUGUAGGAAAAAUUUGGGGAGGUUGUCUCGUCUUUGGCUUAAGGCAGAACAGGAGCGACAACACAAUUAUUUGAAAGAUGGUCCAUAUGUCACUCCAGAGGAAGCUGUGGCUAUCUACACUACCACUGUGCACUGGUUGGAAUCAAGAAAGUUUUCGCCCAUACAGUUUCCACCUUUGUCUUACAAGCAUGACACAAAGCUUCUUAUCCUCGCUCUUGAAAGAUUAAAAGAAUCAUAUAGUGUGGCUGUGAGGUUGAAUCAACUGCAGAGGGAAGAGUUGGGUCUGAUUGAGCAGGCUUAUGAUAAUCCACAUGAGGCUUUAUCAAGGAUCAAGCGUCAUCUACUUACUCAGCGUGCUUUCAAAGAGGUGGGAAUUGAGUUCAUGGAUUUUUACAGUUACUUGAUCCCAGUUUAUGAGAUUGAACCUCUGGAGAAGAUUACAGAUGCUUAUCUUGAUCAGUAUCUAUGGUAUGAAGGUGAUAAGCGCCAUCUCUUUCCUAAUUGGAUUAAACCAGCAGAUUCCGAGCCACCUCCUCUGCUUGUCUACAAAUGGUGUCAGGGGAUAAACAAUUUACAAGGUAUAUGGGACACGGGCGAUGGGCAAUGUGUGGUGAUGCUUCAGACCAAGUUUGAGAAAUUCUUCGAGAAGAUUGAUCUGACCAUGUUGAACAGGCUUCUGAGGUUAAUUCUUGAUCAUAACAUUGCUGAUUAUGUCACUGCAAAGAACAAUGUUGUCCUUUCUUACAAGGACAUGAGCCACACUAAUUCUUAUGGUCUUAUUCGUGGUCUUCAAUUUGCCUCUUUUGUUGUUCAGUAUUAUGGCCUGGUCUCGGAUCUUUUGCUGCUUGGUUUAACCCGUGCAAGUGAAAUUGCGGGAACCCCUCAGAUGCCUAAUGAAUUUAUGACUUACUGGGACUCUAAAGUCGAAACAAGACACCCAAUACGAUCGUACUCAAGGUACAUUGACAAGGUGCAUAUAUUGUUUAAGUUCACUCAUGAAGAGGCUCGAGACCUUAUCCAGCGAUAUCUUACUGAACAUCCUGAUCCCAACAAUGAAAAUAUGGUUGGGUAUAACAAUAAGAAGUGUUGGCCAAGAAAUGCAAGAAUGAGGCUUAUGAAGCAUGAUGUAAAUCUGGGGAGAAGUGUGUUUUGGGACAUGAAGAAUAGACUUCCACGAAGUAUCACUACUCUGGAGUGGGAGAAUGGUUUUGUUUCUGUCUACAGCAAAAACAAUCCCAACUUGCUUUUCAGCAUGUGUGGAUUUGAAGUCCGUAUUCUUCCCAAAAUUAGAAUGAUUCAAGAGGCAUUCAGUAAUACGCGAGAUGGUGUUUGGAACUUGCAAAAUGAACAGACUAAAGAGCGUACAGCCAUUGCUUUCUUACGAGUAGAAGAUGAACAUAUGAAGAUCUUUGAGAAUCGUGUAAGGCAAAUUCUUAUGUCGUCUGGUUCAACAACAUUCACGAAAAUCGUUAAUAAGUGGAACACAGCUCUGAUAGGGCUCAUGACAUACUUCCGUGAAGCAACAGUUCAUACUCAGGAAUUAUUAGAUCUGCUGGUCAAGUGUGAAAAUAAAAUCCAGACUCGAAUCAAACUUGGGUUGAACUCGAAGAUGCCUAGCAGAUUCCCACCUGUUAUUUUUUAUGCACCAAAGGAACUUGGAGGGCUAGGCAUGUUAUCUAUGGGACACAUAUUGAUUCCUCAGAGUGAUCUUCGUUAUAGCCAGCAAACAGAUGUCGGUGUGACACACUUUAGGAGUGGACUGAGUCAUGAAGAAGACCAGCUGAUUCCAAAUCUCUAUCGUUACAUUCAGCCAUGGGAAAGUGAAUUUAUCGACUCACAACGUGUUUGGGCAGAGUAUGCUCUGAAGAGGCAAGAAGCUCAGUCACAAAACAGGCGUUUGACUCUUGAGGAUCUGGAGGACUCUUGGGAUCGUGGUAUCCCUCGUAUCAAUACUUUGUUUCAGAAGGAUAGGCACACUCUGGCUUAUGACAAGGGAUGGAGAGUUAGGACAGAUUUCAAGCAGUACCAAGUUCUUAAACAGAAUCCUUUUUGGUGGACACACCAGCGACAUGAUGGUAAACUUUGGAACUUGAACAACUACCGCACUGAUGUUAUUCAAGCUCUUGGCGGUGUAGAAGGAAUCCUUGAACACACAUUGUUUAAAGGCACUUACUUUCCAACUUGGGAAGGUCUGUUUUGGGAGAAGGCCUCGGGUUUUGAGGAGUCGAUGAAGUAUAAAAAGCUAACAAAUGCUCAGAGGUCUGGUCUCAAUCAAAUCCCUAACCGUAGGUUCACCCUUUGGUGGUCACCUACCAUCAAUAGAGCCAAUGUGUAUGUUGGUUUCCAAGUGCAGCUCGAUUUGACUGGGAUUUUCAUGCAUGGCAAAAUUCCAACACUUAAAAUCUCUCUUAUUCAGAUAUUCCGUGCUCAUCUGUGGCAAAAGAUUCAUGAGAGCGUUGUUAUGGACCUCUGCCAGGUUUUGGAUCAGGAGCUGGUUGCCUUGGAAAUUGAGACGGUGCAAAAAGAGACUAUACAUCCGAGAAAGAGUUACAAAAUGAACAGCUCCUGUGCAGAUAUUCUCUUAUUUGCUGCCCAUAGGUGGCCAAUGUCAAGGCCCAGUUUGGUUGCUGACUCUAACGACGUGUUUGAUCAGAAAGCAAGCAACAAAUAUUGGAUUGAUGUGCAGCUCCGUUGGGGUGAUUAUGAUUCUCAUGAUAUUGAGCGUUAUACUAGGGCAAAGUUUAUGGACUACACGACGGAUAAUAUGUCAAUAUAUCCAUCCCCCACCGGGGUGAUGAUUGGCCUAGAUCUUGCUUACAACUUGCAUUCUGCUUUCGGGAAUUGGUUUCCUGGCUCAAAACCGCUGCUUGCUCAGGCCAUGAAUAAGAUUAUGAAGUCGAAUCCAGCCUUGUAUGUUCUGAGGGAGCGGAUAAGGAAAGGGUUGCAAUUGUAUUCUUCAGAGCCGACAGAGCCAUAUUUGUCAUCACAGAAUUAUGGGGAGAUAUUUAAUAAUCAACUUAUCUGGUUUGUUGAUGACACAAAUGUGUAUCGUGUCACAAUCCACAAGACAUUUGAAGGAAAUUUGACAACAAAACCAAUUAAUGGUGCCAUAUUCGUGUUCAACCCGAGGACAGGGCAGCUGUUUUUGAAGGUAAUCCACACUAGUGUAUGGUCGGGGCAGAAACGUCUUGGUCAGCUAGCCAAGUGGAAAACAGCAGAGGAAGUAGCUGCACUUGUGAGAUCAUUGCCUGUGGAAGAACAGCCCAAACAAAUCAUUGUGACACGUAAAGGAAUGUUAGAUCCUCUCGAAGUUCACUUGCUAGAUUUUCCUAAUAUUGUCCUUAAAGGAAGUGAACUGCAACUCCCUUUCCAAGCAUGUUUGAAGAUCGAAAAGUUUGGUGAUCUAAUCCUGAAAGCUACUGAGCCGCAGAUGGUUUUGUUCAAUAUCUAUGAUGAUUGGUUGAAUAGUAUUUCAUCCUACACUGCAUUUUCGAGGCUUAUACUGAUUCUGCGUGCCCUUCAUGUGAAUAACGACAAGGCGAAAAUGUUACUAAGGCCUGAUUUGACUAUCAUCACUGAACCUCAUCAUAUUUGGCCUUCCCUGUCAGACGACCAAUGGAAGAAGGUUGAGGUUGCUCUGAGUGAUCUUAUACUCUCCGACUAUGCCAAAAAGAACAAUGUGAACACUUCAGCAUUGACACAAACUGAAAUUCGUGAUAUUAUUCUUGGAGCUGAGGUUACUCCUCCCUCACAGCAGCGGCAGCAAAUUGCUGAGAUUGAGAAACAGGCGAAAGAAGCAAGUCAGUUGACAGCAGUUACUACAAAGACUACGAAUGUCCAUGGUGAUGAGCUAAUUGUCCAUACCACAAGUCCUUACGAGCUCGCUGCAUUCAGGUCUAAAACUGAUUGGCGUGUUAGAGCAAUUUCUGCAACAAAUCUUUAUCUUAGAGUGAACCAUAUAUACGUGAAUUCAGAGGACAUAAAGGAAACGGGCUACACGUACAUUAUGCCAAAAAAUAUUCUGAAGAAAUUCAUAUGCAUUGCUGAUUUGCGGACUCAGAUUGCAGGAUACUUGUACGGUGUAAGUCCUCCUGAUAACCCUCAGGUGAAGGAGAUUCGAUGCAUUGCCAUGCCGCCACAGUGGGGGACUCAUCAGCAGGUACAUCUCCCAUCAGCUCUCCCGGACCACGAAUUCCUCCAUGAUCUGGAGCCAUUAGGAUGGAUGCACACGCAGCCAAACGAGCUUCCACAGUUGUCGCCUCAGGACCUCACUUCUCACGUCCAAAUCCUCGAGAACAACAAGCAAUGGAAUGGAGACAAGUGCGUUAUACUGACUUGUAGCUUCACUCCUGGCUCGUGCUCUUUAACUGCAUAUAAAAUUACGCCAACAGGCUACCCAUGGGGACGAACGAAUAAAGAUACUGGCAGUAAUCCUCAUGGGUAUUUACCUACUCACUAUGACAAAGUCCAAAUGCUGCUCAGUGACCGUUUUCUUGGUUUCUACAUGGUGCCUGAUAAUGGUCCGUGGAACUAUAACUUCAUGGGAGUAAAGCACACGAAGAAUAUCAAGUAUGGAAUCAAGCUUGGUACUCCUCGCGAGUACUAUCAUGAGGAUCACAGACCAACUCAUUUCUUGGAGUUUAGCAACAUGGAAGAGGCCGAAAGCACUGCUGAGGUUGACUGUGAGGAUAAAUUUGCAUGACAGUGCACUGGAGUUCUAUAAAGAUGAUUGGUGAUUUAGAAGAUGGAAGGUUGCUUUAAUCAUUAUCUUUUAGGUGUCAAGUUAACUAUUGGAUCCAUUUGGCUUGUUAAUCAAUUCCAGGGAGAUUUUAAUUUGAAGUUAAUUAGUCUUUUUAAUUAAUAAGUGUAUGUUGGGCUUUCUGGUACUGUAAACUUAGAUUUCUGCAAGUGGAAUAUAACAUCGAGUUGCAGCUUUAGCUUA